AUGAUGCCGGCAGCUAAGAGCACUACCUAUCGACGAUCGCGACUCGGUCAGCAGGCAUCUGACGUCAGCGCGCGACUGAUCGCCGACGACAGCAGCAAGAGCAGGAGUGCUGACGUCAGCACGAGCGCGAUGGGGAGGGACAGCGAUGGAACCGCGGCGAAAGUGGCGGAGUACGAACGAUUCGUGGAGGAGCGGCUGAAAGUGGAUUUACAGGCAGCGAUGGAAGAUAGGCACAAGGUCCAGGAAGAAAUCCAAGUAUAUGAGGAGCUGGUGCGCAAUAUCGAGGCGCUGGACGAGAAUGGAGUGGAGGAGACGAGAGCGAUGGUCAACCUGGGGGGAGAGGUGUUCGUGCAGGCGGACGUCCCGGACACGUCACACAUAUUUGUCUCAGUGGGGCUGGGCUUCCACGUGGAGUUCACACGCCUUGAAGCCAAGGAGUUCGCUGCCUCCAAGAUCGAGCACUUGAGAAAGCAAGUUGCACGGCACACGGAGAGAAUAUCGUCCAUUAAAGCCCACAUCAAGCUGGUGGUCGAAGGGAUUCGAGAGCUUCUCAACAUAUCAGCUGAAGACCCGUGA